ACAAUGAAGAUGAUCAAUGAAAACCAGAGGAUCUAUUGUUACAAUUAAAGACAUCAAUACCAGGCACCAGAGGACAAGAGAGACCAGGCUGCACAUACAUGGAUGAAGCGGAUUAUUCCGAAGAUACAAUUUACACGCAGCAGGAGGAUUUACCUUAUGAUGGGGGCAUCCCCCAAAUUAAGAUAUGCAAUAAUUACAAUUUUACAAAAAAUGACAUUCUUGAUGUUACACAUCAAAUUAUUUUAACAGUAGAUGACUCUCAGGAAAAGGCUACAGAUAAUAAGACUUGUGGAAAUGCAAGUAUGGCCAUGAUUCUAGAUAAAAUUACUAAAAAUGCUGUCCACAAAAAACAUGAUAAGGAGAAACAAUGCACUAUAAUUCUUCGUAUUCCACCUAAUAAAGAAAGCACUUCAAAGUCAAACAUUUCUGAUAUUUUACUCAAUCAUCUUUCCAAAGAGGAAUUUGUAAAAGGCCAAGGCAUUGAUUGUGAAACUCUCCCAGAGAUCUCUAAUGCUGAUAGUUUUGAUGAACCUAUUGUUAAAAAUAUUAUUUUGUGCUAUGUUAAGAGUUCUUGGCCAAAAGAACAAACCCCAGAACUAGAUGACCAACUCAAUCCCAGAAGGGAUGGUGAAGACAGCCGUAAGCCCAGUUGUUCUCCGAUCACUAUAGAAGAAAACAUCUCUGAUUUAGAAGAGCCAAUGGUUGCUGGACGCAGCAGCCUUCAAGGGAAUUCAAAGUUUCUAACUAAAACCAAGGGUCCAAGUGGUAAGCAAAAAAAUUUCCAAGGGCAGGCACCCCAUAAACAACAGACUGAAAAAUCAAGUUCCUGGAGUGGGUUCAAAUAUGGCCAAGGUCAAGUUCAUUAUCGGCUCCCUGAUUUCUCUAAGGUUGCUCCCAAAGUGAAAAUCCCUAAAAAUAACGCAAUUAAUAAACUACUUACAGUACCCAGGCGUGCCAGGUCUUCUAACUUGGGAGAUGAAUCAGCUCUUGUGCAAGAUCUUUUAGAAGCUAUGCCUAGAUCAAAUUGUGUUGAAAAAUAUCAAGAGCAGAAAAAGGAAACUGUUGAACCUUCACAACAAAUACAGAUGGAACCUACAGAGCAUAUCCAUCAAGAACUUCUUACAGGAAUAGAAUCCGAGACAAGUCUCUUUAAAUUGUCAUCAACCUCUCAGGAAGACUCUUCCUCAAGUUCUUACAUAUUUCAAAAUAUAUCAAAAGGGAAACAGAUGUGUCAGAAGUUAAAAGAACAGACCGACCAACUGAAGGCUAAAGUUCAAGACUUUUCCAAAAGAAUAACACAGGACUCUCCCUAUUUGCAAGGGAGGCAGGUAAUAACUUUUAUCCAGUUAAAAAAAAUUGUCUUGGAGAAACUGCAAGGACAUCUUGAACUCCUGGAGCAGGAGUUUCUGGCAACCAAGGAGAAGCAUCUGACUUUGCAGCAGCAAGGCCACAAGCACAAAUCCCCAGCUGUCGAUGACUUUGAUCCAGAAAGGAAAGUAGAAGGUGAAAUCUUCAAGUUGGAGAUGCUACUUGAAGAUGUUAAAGAGAAAGUUGAUGAACACAAAUGUACGUCACCUACCUCUCUUCCUGUGAGUUCUCCAAUCAUCCUGGCUGACUUGGUAUCCGUAUCUUCUCCACCUUCAAAUGAGGUUCCCAAGGAGCACCUUGGUCACCCUUCUGAGCCUCCAAGCAGGUGUGGAAGUGAGGGGAUGGGAGUAACCCGCGCAGGACUGCAGGAGACCCCCUCUGAGGAGCUCCGCGAGCUGGACCCACAAACUUACCUAAACUGGCCAAACAGGGCUGUGGCUGUCCAGGACCUGCCGGAUCAAAUGUCCAUAAGGCCAUCUUCUGUCUCCAGGGAGGACCCCAACGACACCACGGGAGGGCAGGAACGUGCAGAAACAACAGCGCCAAGUCCAAGCUGUGCCUUCUGCCACCGGGCCCUUGAACGGAAGCAAAAAUUGGAGAAAAGAGGCCACAGAAGGAUCAGCUGUGGAAGGUUUUCAAUCAUCAUUCAAGAAAAACCAUUGCACCUGUGUUCAACCUGCAGUUCUGAUGCAGGAAACAGCUUCUAUUCUGAUUCCGGCACGGGGCUGCAGAGCAACAAAUGUGAGAAGUGUGGCGCUAAGAUUUCUACCUCCCCAAGAGUCAGCAGUAAAGAGCUGCCUAGAGAAUUUCAUUAUAGCCACAGCGCCCCAGCACAGAAUUACUUAAAUUAUUGUGAAAUAGGUCCUUUUGUUCAGCUCUGCUUUUUAGACGAAAAUAAAAACUCAUCACCUUCUUGUUCGAAACCAAAAAGGGUGUGUUCCCAGACAGAAAAUUUGAAAUCCUCUCAAGAUGAACAUGAACGCAUGCCAGAAAAGAAAGAUCUCACGGCUUUCAGGACCUACAGCUCAGACCUUGCUACACCCGCACUCCAUUCCCACUCCCGAAGGAUUUAUGGAAGCAAAUGCUUAUGCUGCUUUAGGAGUACUGACAAAACAGAAUUUGAGGUUUUAAACUCAGCCUUGGAUCACGCUCUGAGGACAGCAACCGUUUUGAAAGAAACUACCGAUCAAAUGAUUAAAUCAAUUGCAGAAGAUCUUGCCAAAGCACAGAGACGGAGGAAUCGACUGAAAUAUUAGUUGUUCAACCCCAGGCAACCAAGGAUUAGAAUGAAAGAAAGCCUGACUUUCACACACACACACACACACACACACAAAGUAUUUUACUUAUUACACAAUUUAGAAAGAUGACUUUUCAGAAAACACACCAAAAUUACAAGAAAUGGGUAAUGCAAGUGGUUCAAUGAAAAAAAAAAAUUGGGUCUUUGAUCUUUGAAAUAAACAUCAACCAACAAGUAUUUAUUUUAAGAUAAAUCUAUGUUUUUCCUAAUGCAUAAUAAAUCAAAACAAUAAAAGAAACUUAAACCAAACCUUUUGCCAUUGAGUCAAUUCUGACUCACAGGACAGAGCAGAACUGCCCCAUAGGCUUUCUAAGGGCUGCAGGCUUUGUGGAAGCAGAAGGCCAGAUCUGUCUCCUGCUGAGCUCGUGGGUUUGGUUAGCAGCCGAGCUCUUAACCACUGCACCACCAGGGCUCCUCUUUAACCUCUGAGUCUGGCAAAAAUUCAGGUUUGAAACGACCCAGUGUCAGUGAGGAUGGGGGCAAGCAGGCACUCUCAUACAUUGUUGGUGGAAGUAUAAAUUGGUGCAACCUUUUAGGGAGCCAAUUUCAUAAUCAGAAUCUAUAACAUUCCAAAAGCACUUAGCCUCUGACCAGCAAUUCUAUCGCCAGGAAUUUACUUUGUGGCUAACUCACACAAAUACGCUGUGGCAUGAGCACAAGAAUGGCCUGAUGGUAGCAACCCCCCAGUGGAAUUAAUACUGCGGACGACAGGUUCAUAAACAGCAGUGCAGCCACACAAAUUAAUACUCUGCAGCCGAUGAAAAGAAUAAGGUGGAUUAUCUGCAAGACAGUGAAAAAAAGCAAGAGGCCUAACUAUAUAUAUAGUGUGACCUCAUUUGUGUAUGUUUUUUAAGGACAUACAUAUUUUCUGGAAAGGUACACAAAAUUCCUAAGUGGUUACUCCUGAGAAACCGGAUAGGGGGUUUCAGAGGCAUUUUUACUUUUCAUUUGCUUUCUGUAAUGUAUGAAAUUCUUACCACAUGCUUAUAUUAUAAAUUAACAUUCUUUGUUUACCGACUUCUUGAAGUCAGAAAUACACAAAAAUGAAAACUGGGAUCAUUAUGUCUAAAAAUGGUGGAAUGGGAGAGGGUUUUGCUCUGUAUAUUUUCACAAAAAAAGAGGGAAGAAAAGUGAGGACAAUUCACUAAAAUUGAGAACUACAGAUUGUUUAAGUAAAUUAGUAGCAUUUCAUAUAAAAUGCCAGAGUAAGUUUUUGUUGCUAAGAGAAGCUUCUGAUUUGGUUCUUUGUUGUUGUUGUUAGGUGCCGUCGAGUCAGUUCCGAUUCAUAGUGACCCCACGCACAACAGAACGAAACACUGCCCGGUCCUGCGCCAUCCUUACAAUCUUUGUUAUGCUUGAGCUCAUUGUUGCAGCCACUGUGUCAGUCCACCUCAUUGAGGGUCUUCCACUUUUCCACUGACCCUGUACUCUGCCAAGCAUGAUGUCCUUCUCCAGGGACUGAUCCCUCCUGACAACAUGUCCAAAGUAUGUAAGAUGCAGUCUUGCUAUCCUUGCUUCUAAGGAACAUUCUGGUUGCACUUCCUCCAGACAGAUUUGUUCAUUCUUUUGGCAGUUCAUGGUAUGUUCAAUAUUCUUUGCCAACAGCACAAUUCAAAGGCGUCAACUCUUCUUCAGUCUUCCUUAUUCAUUCUCCAGCUUUCACAUGCAUAUGAUGCGAUUGAAAACACCAUGGCUUGGAUCAGGCGCACCUUAGUCUUCAAGGUGACGUCUUUGCUC